AUGGCAGGUCACUUGAAGCAGUUUGAGGGGCUCUUCAAGUUUGAGGAGUGUGUCUCAGAGCGAGUUGGUGGUGGGCUGAUCCUGAAUGGCACCUUGACUCAGCUUGGUGGCACCUUCACCUUCAAGAAAUGCAAGUCCGUACGCAAGAAGGAAUUGCCCUCGGGCGGAGGAGGUGUAUGGAUAGAAUCUGGAGAAAUGAGUCAGCAAGGUGGAACCAUGACUUUUUCCCUCUGUUCCACCCCGGGGCAUGGAGGUGGGCUUGGAGUGCAAGCUGGAAGCAUCAAACAAGAGGGUGGCCUUUUGCAGCUUCACACUUGCCAGGCGAGCAAACUGGGGGGUGGCAUUUACGCAAAGGGUAACAUUAUCCAGACCAAUGGCACGCUGAAGGUGACGAGCUGUGUGUCGAGUUGGGGUGGAGGUGGGGUUUGGGUGGCAGGCGAACUCACGCAACAUGGUGGGAGCAUCCUUUUGAUGAAGUGCAAUUCCUCUGGCUAUGGGGGCGGCUUGGCAGUGAGAAGUGGACGCAUCCAACAACUUGGCGGUCUUCUAGAGGUGAGUGCUUGCAACUCGAGAGACGCCAGUGGGGGGGGGAAUCUACUUGGAGGGCAACUUGACCCAGAUCGAUGGCACUUUGAAGACCAACGCUUGCCAUGCUUCGGGUGGAGGUGGUGUAUGGGUACAAUCUGGUGA